CUUUUACUUUCUUCCUGCCUCUUUCUUCUCUUCGGCUAAGCUCUCAAACACAGUAUGGCUAUGACUUAUGAGAAAUCUCUUCAAGCUUUAAUCUUUUAUGCUAACCUUUUUCUUUAGUCACAUCGUUAACUGAUCUGGGUUUUCAUUAGUUCUCAUUCAGAUCAUAGCUUCCACCACUUUUUGGCCCCUGCUACUUCCCGUUGAAGCUGUCAAUAGAAACAAACCCAGUUGUUUCUCGAGGUUUUAAUGGUUUCUUGAUUGGUAUAAUCAGAUUUUGAUAAAUGGGUUUUCUCUUUUACAUGCAGAAAAUGGAUGCUUGUUAUGAGAUUGCUCGUUGUUCGGGAACUGAGAAAUGAAAGACCUCUACUUCACUGAGAACAAUUGGGCUCAGAUUAGAAAUCUUCUUGAAUUGUUCAAAAUUUUCGUUAGGGAGUUUCUUUAUUAUGGGUAGAGGUAGAGGGAAAGGGAAGAAGCAAACUGCUAUUGCCACUCGUGAGGAUCCUGGAAGUGGUGAAGAAGAAAAAAUUCCAGCAUACAGGAGAAGAGGAAGGCCUCAAAAACCAUUGAAGGAUGAAAUUGAAGAAGAAGAUGAAGAUGUUGAAAAGAUUGCAGAAGACGGCGAGGAUGCUAAAGGUAAUAUUUCUAGAAAAGAUGUGAAAAAUCAGGGUAUUAUAGCGAAUAGGCGGAAGAGGAAGAGGUCUGCCCAGGUCAAAGAAAAUACAGAUACAGUUGGAGUUGAGAGUGGCAUUGGAACAAAGGCAAGCCCUGAUGAUCCAACGAAGUCCGCUGGACUCCGACAAAAUGGAAGUAGGAGAAAAAGCAAACCCCGCAGGGCUGCUGAAGCCGGUGUUGAGUGCAAGUGAGCUUGUAUUAGCUAUUAUGAUAGUUGUGUACCUUCCUUUCCCUUGGUAGGGAUUGAGGCUUUGUUAACCUACAUAUGGUUUCCCGUAAUUUCUUUGCUAUAUGUUUUUGUAAUAUCGUGAGUUCCAUUUCCUCUUAAUGAAUGACUUUGAUUGGGAGGUUUUGGUACAGAUUAUACUGCCAGAAUUUUGCAUGGAGCCACCACAUUUAAAAAAUAUUUGCUACUUUUCUGCUA